CGCGGCUCGCGGCGCACAUUCGCUGAGUGAAACUUCUCACAACAAACCGUGGACUCUCUCUCUCGCUUAUUUUUGGUUCAUUUUCUCCGUGAAAUGAAGUGACAGCACGAGCGUCGGACACUUUUCAGCGACUCCGCGACGCACUUUUCUCCUAACCCUUGAGAAAGAACCGGGACAGUUGCCUGGGGGAUAAGAUGGAAACGAAGCAUCGCGUGCCCGCCCCGCGCGCUCUCCUGGAGCUCUCUGGGCGGGAUGCGUACGAACCCAGCGGGUCUGUUUAACGAUUUCCCCCCCCUCGCCCUUCCUCUUUUUUUUAACGUUUUGAAUGUUAUGCGCGCGGUCCGACGUCUCCGGGAUCAUGGUCGUCCUCCUCCGACGCCUGUGGACGCGGUGUCCGCGGUGUUUCCCACGCCCCGUGCUGCUCUCGGGGGUGGUCAUUUGCGUGUUCUACCAGACCCUGAUGGUGCUCCGCGGUCGGUUCAAACCGGUUCCGCCGCUCCAGGGGAACCGCUCGGAACCGAGUGCGGAGAGCCGCUUCCAGGAGCUGCUCCUCAAACACCCGGAGCGCCUCGUUCCUCUUCUCGAGACUUGGCUGCACAACCGCACACACGUGGACAAAGCCCAGCACAACCGACCCGGCUGGGCCGGCAGAGCGGUGGUGCUGAUAGGCCAGCACUUGGCCUCCCACACAGAGGUCCAGCUGUACCAACGGGUUCUGCAGCAGCACGGCUAUUCGGUCAGCUUGGAUCGCUACGCCGAGACCAGCGCCGUGCUCCGCCAGGACACUGGGCCACCAGGUAGCAGACCGUGGGCAAUCCUAAUCUGUCUUCAAGGCUCUGAGAAGGACUGUCACAAAAGAGCCACCUCGUACCGCCUUUGGGCUCAUCAGCAGGUGAACACGAUACCAGGAGUCACGUGGGCGUUCUCAGACGCAGGUGGUGUGUGCCGUUUUUGGACAGAUUCCCGAGUGUCAGGGCUGGGACUUCAUAUAAUUCCCUCUGCCUGCAGAUCCCUUAAUUCUCCAUCAAGAGAUGACCAUAGUCACAUUGACGAUGACUGGUCCGCGUCGGAGCCCUUCCCGAGUCCUCCAUCGAGCCGUAGUUUGAUCGCCACAGUGACGGCAUACGUCCUUGUCACUUCCCUGUCGCCCCUCACAGCCUUCCUCCACUCCACCGCCUCGGUCAGGCCGGCUUUUGCCGUGAACGGCCAUGCUACCAAGCUUCAGGCUUUUUUCUUAAAGCAUCUGGGGUCUGAUAGAUACAUUCAGCCCCUGAACAACAUGAAGGAGGCAAUUGGAGCAGUGCUACUUGCCGCAUCUAUGACCAGCCAGGAUUCUGGUCCCCCAAUCAGGUGUCAGCUCUGUUUUCAACUGAUGACGUUCACCCUGCAUUUCAGCGGCUCUCUUGUACCUAAAAUCAUCAAGGUGCAGGGGGAUUUACACUUUGAGGACUUGGAGGACCCACAUUUCAAGGGCCAGAUAUUAAAGGAGUUCAUUCUGGAGGACACGCUCAACUUGCUGCUGCAAACACACACCAGACGAGACAGGGUGCUGACAUCUUUUCCUGGCACCAGUGCUGGGGCAAUAAAGGAGUACGGUGGCUGCAAAAGCACGUGGGACCUCUGCCUUUCUGCCGGUGUGGGUUCUUUGCUUCUUCACUUUAUGAGACAACUUAAAAGGCCUGGGCCUUUUGAAGUGCUCUAUCCACAUCCCUCUCUUGAGCUCUCUGGUGUCCAGCUCCAGCUCAGCCAAAAGUUUCACAGAGCCAAGGGUCCAUGGGAUGGAGCCCUCUCCUUCCUGGUCCAGCAGAGCUCAAACCGAUUCACGAGGGCUGAUGACAAUGACAAACUAAGAGGAAGGAACACAACCAGAAUUGCCCAGAAUUUCCAGUCACAGACAGAUGACCUGUAUCGACCGGACUGCGACCACGGUGUUAAAAAGUGCAAGGAGCCAAGUCUUAGGCAGCUGUACACCUCCCCUCAGCUGACGCUGACACCUCCGUUUAGCCCGCAUGUGAAGGAGUACCAGGCAGAGGUCCCGUUCGACGUGGUGACAGUGAGGAUCAGGGCGGAGCCGGCGAGCUGCCGUUGCCAGGUGCGCUUGGACGAGCGCAGGGGUCCGAGAGUGGCCAACUACCCCAUCGGCCUCGGCAACAGCCGAGUGAACAUUCUAGUGGUGGACGAGUCGGAGGCGGAGCCUGUCAUCGUGACGAUCUACACCCUGCGCAUUUUCCGGGACAGCCGGCCCAGUCUGCCAGUCUUCGACGAGUAUGUGACGUGCGGCUUCCUGCAGGAUUGUGGCCUUGUGGUUCAGCCUCGUUUGCCCUGUGGCUUGGAGCCUAUAUCGCAAGCUGCUUCUUCAGGAGAUCUGCAGGCUUCCAUGAGGCCUUGCAUGUCCGGAGAUGCCCCAGGUCGUUGGGUGGUUCCGUGCCUGAGCUGCUCUGACAACAGAACCUGUGAUUGGAGGCUGGUGUCCUGGCAACCGCACCACUGCUACUACCCCCGGUUGGAAGGACCACAUCUGCAGAAGUGCAUGAAGGAGCGUAAGGUGAUGUUCAUCGGUGACUCCACCAACCGUGGGAUGAUGUAUUAUUUCAUGGAGAGGGUAAACGGCACGCUGGAGGAGUGGGACAAGGCUCACGACACCCUCAUCUACCGCGAUGUCAACAAUGGCAGUACCCUUGUCAGUUACUCCUACUACCCACAGUUUUGGCUGGAAAAGGAACGACGGCCCACGUUUGAGGUGGCUCUGCAGCAGCUUAUACGAAGGACUCGCCCUCUGGAGAACUCGCCCCAAACGGUGCUUGUUGCUGGAGGGGUCCAGUGGCUCAAUGUCAAUCACCUGAAAAUCCUGCAACAGGUUCUCAAAAGAGAAAAUCUCUUCAACAUCUUGGUGGUGGUGAAGUCUCUUGGCAUGGGCUUCCACCUUCCGGUGGAUGGGGUCCACUCCCUCUCCCUGAGGGGAGUGCAGGACCUCUACAGCAUGAAUGAGAAAAUUCUUACAACCGCGAAGCUGUACGGAUAUCAAGUCAUUGACACCCUCAGCAUCACCAUGGGCCGAUAUAAAGAAUUCCUCCAGGGAAGGUGUGCGUGCCAUUUCCAUGAGGUUGGAAAGCUCACGUUUUCCACAACCCCUCAGCAUAGAAAGAUGAAGUUGUACCGACAUGCUAGUGAGACUUGGUCUCGACCCAGUGAGCCACUCGCUCUCCGGGAGCUGUGGUCCAGGUCGGACUCGCCCUACCACGUCAGAGGUCCGGUGAACCAGGUUUAUUCCGAAAUCCUGCUCAGUAGGAUGUGCGCUGGCAGCUAGAGGAAUGCGGCUUUGCUGAUGCGAAGCCCAAAGCCUUGUGUGUUUGUGCCUCUGUUAGAGUGAAAGAGACAGAGGAUGAUCGCUCUCAGUGAUGAAGAUGGCCCCUGGAAUGCCACGCCGUCUGCUUUCCUGCCCUCUGAUUGGUUGAAGGCUGGCCCGGGUCAUGUGACCUGCAGCCAGGCUCUGUCAGAGGACCGCAAGUUGCUGAGAGAAGGAACUUGCAAAGUGCACUUGAAGUUCUGCCAAAACUGACCGAAGCAGCGAAACGCAAAGAAAGCUGCACGGCUGCAGUCCGGUGGAGGACGUACGCUGGAGACGGUCCAUCCUGUCAGCCAGAACCCGCUGGCUUCUUCUCAGUGAAAAUGCCACCAAAGUGUUACCUUUAUGGAUUUACAAUACCAGUAUUACGGACACACUGUGAGACUUUUAUAUAACGGGAAAAUAUCACAAAGCCAUGAUUUUUGUGAAACACAGCUUUCAAUGCACAGAAUAUACCUCAUUUGUAACUAUAUUCUAGAAAACACCAAAGAGUUCAUGUAUGUCUUACACACACAAAUAUAUAGAAAAUGUGUGUGU